UGUCUUGUUCACUGCUGUUUCUGGAGCCUAGAACAGUGACCUGUUCAUUAUUUUAUUUUCAGCAUCCAGUCAAGUGCCUAGUCCAUCAUAGAUGCUAAGCAAGUAUAUAUUAAAUACAUACUAUAAAAUUCACACAGAUUAUUGAAGAAGUUUUCUCAUUAUAUGUUAUUAUUUCAUAAUUAUUUUAGUGGAAAAAAUAGUAGCACCAAGGAUAACAACAACAAUAAUAGCUACUAUGUCUUAGGAACUUGUUAUGUGACAAGGAUUGUGCACAAGAUUAUUUUGUGUGAAAAACUGCAUUUAAUCACCACAACAAACCUAUGAGAUACAGACUAUAAUCACCUAGUAUAAUUUAUAAAUAAGGAAACAGGCUUAGAAAUGUUUAGCAGCUCACUCAAGUUUAUAUAGUUAGUGAAUGGCAGGGAAGGGGUUUGAAUCCAGUCCUGUAUGAUUCCAUAUGCAACAAUCCUAACCACUGUGCUAUGCCUGCAGCUUCAGAAUGAAGCCAUUUAAUUAAAUUAUAGAAUCUUAGCAUUUGUAGGGACAUUAGACUGAUCUAAUUCUCUGACUCUAGCUGAAUGAUUGUUUAACCUCUGAGUUUAGAUAUGUUUCCCUAUAGUUUUCACCAAUUGGUAUAGUUUUACUCCUUCCUUUCAAUGACAUGGUAGUGCAUAGUAACUCAUUUCUUUUAUCAUAUAUAGGUAUUUUUCAAUCGGGUGUCUGUACAUUAUGGUGGCAUUUGGCAAUCUCAGUAAACUAUUGUAGUUCAAGAUCACUGGAGAGAUGAGGAAUGAGUAAAUAUUAACAACCCAUGUGCUUGGUUGGAACUUGAAAGGACUGAAUAACAUCAACAAACAAGCUUUUCUCAGUCACAAUCUAGACCAGAUUAGUCUUAAAGUCCAAGGAAGAAUCAAAGUUCACCUUAGUGCAGACAUUUUUGUGCAGCUCUCCUGGUUAUUGUUUGCAAGUUUAAAAGGAAAAGAAAAUGAUGAAGGAGAAAGAGAAAACCAUUGCUAUUGUGAAGGUUAUAGAUACUUCAAAGUUAAAACUGUUAUCUGGCAGUAUUUUGGAUGCUUAUAGUAGUGAGCAGGGAAUAUCAUCAGUUAAUAUGGGUCUUACAAAUGCUUCCUGUCCAAGGAGUCUAUCAGUGAAAAGAGAAAUUACAGAAACUGACACUCGAGCUUUAGCAAAAGAGAGACAGAAAAAGGACAACCACAACCUCAUUGAAAGAAGAAGAAGGUAUAAUAUUAAUUACCGAAUCAAGGAGCUUGGUACUCUUAUUCCAAAGUCUAAUGAUCCUGAUAUGCGCUGGAACAAAGGAACCAUUCUAAAAGCAUCAGUGGAGUACAUCAAGUGGCUACAAAAAGAACAACAGAGAGCUCGAGAAUUAGAACACAGACAGAAGAAAUUAGAGCAAGCUAACAGGCGGCUUCUACUCCGGAUUCAGGAACUAGAAAUACAGGCUCGUGCUAAUGGUCUUCCAACCCUGGUUUCACUGGACCGAGUUGAUUUAGGUGCUCAUGCCACCAAAGAACAGACUCAUCUUGAACAGAAUUCAGUAGACUAUUGCCAACAACUGACUCUGUCUCAGGGAACAAGCCCCAGACUCUGUGAUCAAGCUAUGGCUUUCUCUGAUCCUUUGUCACACUUCACAGAUUUAUCAUUCAGUGCUGCUUUGAAAGAAGAACAAACAUUGGAUGAUAUGCUACUGGAUGACACAAUAUGUCAUUUAGGAACAGAUCCUCUGCUAUCUGCCACUUCCUCUGUAGUUUCCAAAGAGAGCAGUAGGAGAAGCAGUUUUAGCUCAGAUGAUGGUGAUGAGUUAUAAAAAGUAAACGCAGUCCACUCAUCAACUAGGAAACAAUUCUAUUCUGGUGCUGUGCAAUUAUAUCUGUGUUUCAUGUAUUGCUUUGGCUUCAUUUUUUUUUAAAUAAUAUAUUAUUCAUGAAAAAGUGGUGGAUUAAAAACAACAGUAGAAUAAAUUCACAGGAAGAGGAAAUAUGGUAUUGAGGAAUUACUGAAGGCUAAAACAUAUUAUUCUUCUCUGACUAUAGACCCUAAAUCUACUUACAUUUUGUUUUCUGGAAAGAGGUACAACAUAAGAAAUAGCUCUUUACUGGAUGUAUUAUUGUAACAGACUGCAAAGGGUAAACCUCUGAAACAUACAAACAUUUUCUUAGUUACUCACUUCCAACUCCUUCCUAUUCAACUCUU